AUGGCGGGAGAAGUCAAAGCUGUCGAAGAGUCUGGCGCAAAGGGGAAUCCUGUGCUUCAGCAGCCAAAUUACAUUUACAGAGGAAAUAUGUGGACUGAUUAUGCACCAGAAAAGAUGGGGAAAACUUUUUAUUAUGCUAACGAUAAAUUGGAUGAAUACGCAAAAUACGACUCUGUGUGGAUGAGAAGGUAUUGGUUCAUCUUUUCACAAGACCAAGCAGUCAAAGGAAAGAUUGAUAAAAACAAAAGAACAGUAACAUUUGAUAGAGCUUUGGGUGGUGGAGACUUUGAGGGGAUGAUCAGUGGAAUGCCAUUCUAUAUAUAUAUAACUUGA